AUGGUUAAACCACUCGUUAGAAAUGAUGGCUCUAUCAAGUCUGACUUGAAUGAGAUCAUCUCCCGUCCUUUUGUUCAUCCAGAGUCGAGUACAUACUCCCAAAACCUGAAUACAGUUAUCAAUGAUCUUUCUCGUAAUGCAGUUCAAGGGUUUAACACAUCUUCCAGUGGCCAAUCUCCCAACACAGUCUAUGGUCUGCUCCAGUGUUUUGGUAAUGCUUCAGUGACGAAUUGCUCAGAUUGUUCAAGACAAGCAUACAAUGUUGCUCUAAGCAAUUGCAGCAACGACAUUGGUGUAAAGGUGUGGAUGGAUGAGUGUUUCUUGCGCUAUGAUAACUCCAAUUUCAUUUCAACAUUAGAUACCACCUUCGAGACACUGUGGAACUCGAACAAUAUCUCAAGCAACAUGGAGAGUUUCAUAUCCACGACCUCUAGUCUUCUCUUAAAUUUAUCUAAUCAAGCUUAUAUCCCUGCAAAUAAGCUAUUUGCUGUUGGAUCUGCCAAUUACGCUACUUCCAAUAUGGUGUACGGCCUAGUUCAGUGCUGGAGAUAUUUAUCCAUUAAGGAUUGUAAAACCUGUUUGUUGCAAGCAAGGAAAGCAUUGGAGCAGUGCUGUUCACCAAAACAAGGAGCUCGGGCUCAGUCAGGAAGCUGCAUUGUCAGAUAUGAGAGCAGCCCAUUUUUGUUGGACGUCGUGGAGUUAUCACCAUCACCCUCACCUUCACCCUUACCUUCCAGUGAGGCUUCAUCACCACAUCCCACAACAUCCACACCAGUAGCCCACGCUCCUUCUGAGACAAAGUACCAGGCGAAAUCAAAUGAGAAAUCCUCGAAAAAACCGCCCUUAAUACUGGGGCUUGUGGGAGGAAUAGUUCUGGUCUUACUCAUUUGUUUAAUUGCCAUGAGAAAAAGACUCAAAUCUGCUAUUUUUGCGCGGCCAGUAACUGUACCUGCCCAUAACGAAGAGAUCGAGUUACUUCAACAGGAACAACGUUUCAUCUUCAGCUUGGAAGAACUGGCAGAAGCCACUGAAAAUUUUCAUGAAAAUAAAAAGCUUGGACAAGGUGGUUUUGGUGUCGUAUACAAGGGAAGAACUAAAGACGGAAAGGAAAUAGCAGUGAAAAAACUCUUUGCCAAGUCCACACAAGUUAAUAAAGAAUUUGUGAACGAAGUGAAAGUUGUUGCCAAUGUUCAACACCGAAACCUUGUGAAGCUGCUGGGAUGUUGUGCUGAGGGAGAUGAAAAGUUGAUUGUUUAUGAGUAUUUGCCCAACAAGAGCCUUGACACCUUCCUUUUCGAUCCAGAAAAGUGUAGACUGUUAGAUUGGCAAAAACGUUAUAAUAUUAUCGUUGGAAUUGUCCGUGGCCUUCUCUAUCUUCAUCGGGAUUCGCCGAUGAAAAUUAUUCACAGAGAUAUUAAACCACACAAUAUUUUGCUUGACAACAAACUUAAUCCAAAGAUAGCGGAUUUUGGCCUUGCUAGAUUUUUUACUGAGGAUGAGACACAUAUUCAAACAAGAGCGGCAGGCACAGAUGGUUACAUGGCACCAGAGUAUGCAAUGCAACAGCAUCUCUCUGUUAAAGCCGACGUUUAUAGCUUUGGAGUAGUAGUGCUUGGGAUUGUCAGCGGAAAGAAAAAUACAGUUAUUCAAAACUUAUCAGAAUGGGCAUGGAGACUGUACAAAGGGGGAAAUAUUCUGGACAUGGUGGAUUCGAGAGUUUUAGAAGAAUGCUUGGAGGAGCAAGCGUUGAGAUGUACUCAUGUUGGGCUUUUAUGUGUUCAAGCUGAUCCAGCACUCCGUCCACCCAUGUCUGAUGUUAAUUUGAUGAUCUCAAGCAGUUCAGUGCCCUUGCCCAUUCCAACAAAGCCCGGUUUCCUAACAAGUAUUGCUUCAAAAUCGAGAUCAAAGUCCAGCUCAGGGAAUGAUGAGUGUAAAAAGAGCACGGCAUCGCAGACAUCUGGGACCACCACGUCAUCUACAUCAAGUGUUCACAAAAACGAGUCCAAUGUGAGUUUAGAAACCAGGGAUUCUAUACAGAAGUGA